AUGCCGACUCCUCCCGAGUACUACGUCCGGCUGCAGCGCGGUAUUACCGGCGGUUUCGUGCCCCCUGCGCCAACUGCGGUCUUCACAAUCACACAAACUGCUCAAGCUCCGAGUUUGGCGAUCACGAAAUCAGAGCGGACACCAGGAACACGCGUUCUCGGAGAUGCCGUCCCCAAGACGCUGAAUGCAGACACAGAAAUCACCGUCCUCGUCGACGAACUCCAAAGCAUUCUCAAGUCACUCCCGCUUGAAUCUCCGCCCGGCUGCGAGGAUAUAUAUGCGCUGGACACGUCAAUCACUUGGGGCAGCGAUGAUCUGGAAUGGCGAAACGGUGGCCCUGCAGGAUGUGGACGCUCAACAAGUGCGGUCCAACCGACGCAAGAGGAGAAGGACAAGUUCAAGAGGGCAGUCGAGAUCGUCGAACAGUUGGUUUCAAGAGCAGAGUAA